GUGCCAUUUUUUCUAUUAAAAGCUCAAAGCUCCACGCAUCUGAAUUCUCAUCCUCUCGUUCGUCUCUACAAAUCGAAAAGCAAAUUAAAGUUUAGCAGAUUUCAUUGAGCAGGAAGAAGAAGAUGUCGUCUAUUGGAACCUCAAAGGGUGUAUUAGAGAUAGUAAAGUUCGCAGUAUACGUCUCAGUUCCAAUUGGUCUCAUGUACAUAUUCGCCAACAACAACAAAAAUCUUCAGAAAAUCAUGGGACAUCGUGAAUAUGUAGUUUAUCCUACAGAAACUGUAAGGCCCCAAUCGCCCGAGGAACUGAGGGAGAUUGCAAAAGAAAUAGGUCGGAAGAGAGAGAGGGACCAAGCAAUGCGGAGCUGAGGAAGAUGUGCAACCCACAAAACGAAGAGGC